GUCAAGUUAUUGAAGAAAAAACAAAAUAUUACCGAAUAUUACGCAAUUAAAAGCCUCAAUUUUCUGUUUAAAGACAGUGGCAGCAGAGUUAAAAGAUGGAGUUAAAUGUCUUGGAUGACGAGAUAAUGGUAGUUGUAGUUGGAGACGAGUCCGAUAACGAAGAAUUAGUAAACGUGAAAAACUUUCCAAAAAUAAAAAUUAAAGAGGAACUCUUGGAUGAGACGGAUGGUACUUUCUCUAGUCAAGAAUCUAAACCUAUUAUCAUAAAGGAGGAGGUGUAUGAUGAGGAUAUAGACGAGUCAGUGGAGUAUUUGUACGAAAACCCGGAAAUCUGCGGUGAUUUUGUUCCUGACGACUCAGAUUUGUAUAAAGUUGGUGAAGAUGAUGACUAUGUGCCUGAGGAUGAGCCUCCUGAUGAAGACAUUCCUGAAGAAAAUAGUGAGAGUAGAAGGAGGCGCAGACAGCUAAAGCCAUGGCAGUGGAAGUCAUUUGUAAAGGAGCUACGAGAACAAUAUGAAGACCUGCAAAAUGAUGAAGAGCUUCUAGUGAACUCCCUCGCUGAAAUCAUGAAGAGUGUGAAGCCUCCUCCACUGCCCAAAGACCACUACAUGAUAAAUGACAUCAUGUUUGAAUGCGUUGAGUGUCAUGCCGUAUCAGAAACCAUUCCCGCCGCUGGUCGGCACUACCAAGAGAAGCAUGGACCUAGAUACCUGAUUUGCUUUGCCUGUGGAGUUGAUUUCAGAAGCACGACUAAUCUAUACAAGCACGAGAAGCGCUGCUUAGCGCCGGACGCGGAGGUGGUGCUCAGGGCGCGUGCGCUGUCCGUCGGCAACAAGGGCCGCACGCGCCCCUUCCUGCAGCCGCGCACUCUGCGCCCCAUGGGCUACAGGACAACUGAAGGUGGUCAAGUAAAGAUGAGACAAAGGUUCGCUUGCGAGAUGUGCCCCGCCUCAUUUAACAAUAAGCAGGCGUUGGAGUCCCACGUGCACCUACAUAACGGCGAGAGACCUUUCAGAUGUUCUGCUUGCACUUUCGCCUACACCUCACAGUCUGCACUCUCGCGACACAUGAAGAAACACAGCGACAUCAAAUACAUAUGUGAACACUGCAAUCGAGCCUUCCAGGUGAAGGCAGCUCUGGUCUCACAUUUAGACACACACCUACCGUACAGAAAGCACGCGUGCGAAGAGUGCGGAAAGCGGUUUGCUCAGAAAAGUGCCCUGCUGCUGCACAUAAACGGAACACAUCGGAAGUUACCACCGCCUUGCGCCUGCCAGUUAUGUCCAAAAAGGUAUCGAAGAAUGACACUUUUAAAGGCUCAUAUGAAGAAAGAACAUGGCAUGCUGCUCAUGACGAGAAAGAUGUUCUUCAAAAAACUGCCAAUGAUGACCGACACGCAGAUCCAGCAAGCGAAAGUCGUCCUCAAAUCAGAGGAGCCCGUCUGCACCGUCGAGAAACAGGAGAUCCCUGACCCUAAUGAAGAGUUCCUGAAUUACAUAGAACAGCAUUGUGAAACCAGUGUUGAUAGUGACGGUGUUAAGAAAGUUACACUGAACGUGGAGGGUGUACAUUGAGGUUUGGAAGUUAAGUACUGUAAUUUAUUAUUAUUAAAUGAAAUCAUUUAUUAUUUUAUUGACAAAAGACAUGAGUAAGACUUCCAUUACUGAAUGAUGGUGAUCAGCAGGGUUAGCACAUGAUUGCCGCGAGAGUAUGUCGCCGCGAGCACAGUAUAAUAAAGAGUAACAUCGUACAGUAUGGCCACUCCCGCUCCCCGCUGAAAGUGCCGCCCACCCC